AUGGCUAGCACUAGUGUUAAAAGCAUGGACAAAAGCAAAUCAACUGAAGUUGUAAACAGUGUUGGGAAAGUUGGACGUAUUCAUCGUUAUCUUCGAAAUGGAAAUUACGUGCGUCGCGUCGGUUCUGAAGCACCUAUUUACCUUGCUGCAGUUCUUGAAUAUUUAACAGCGGAAAUACUAGAUGUUGCUGGUAAAGCCGCACAUGAUAAAAAGAAAUCAAAGAUAUUUCCUCGCCAUAUUCAAUUGGCUAUACGUAACGAUAAAGAAUUGAAUAAAUUACUUGGAAAAGCUACUAUUGCUCAAGGUGGUGUCUUGCCCAACAUUCAUCAAAAUUUAUUACCAAAAAGAUCCAAGAAAGCUCCACGACCAGAAGGUGAUGACGAAGAAGAAGCAUCAUAA